GGGCCCGGACUUCUCUCAAGGCAUGGCCUCUCAUGAAACACUAAGCUCGAUUGAUUUGGUGAGCUGCCCUGGCCAUUGCUGACCCGCCUCGCACGGUUGUAAGCAGCGGCCGUGUGCAAUGCGUCGCGACGCAGCUGUAGAGCUAUUCCGUGGCUGAUUUGGUGCCGUAUCGCUGCUGUUUCGGCACGCUCAGGGUUUGUUGCAAAAGCUUGGGUGUGUGUGCUGUGAGGUGUCGCUAUGCUGGGGUUAAGUAAGUGUGCUGGGUUGGAGUGAGUGGUACGUUGAAGGUAUUCUAAUUCCAGGGAAAUCUCGGAGGUCUAGAUGGAGUCGGGGGCACUGGAGCUGCAUGUUUCUGGUGGAAGUUGUUUCACUGGAGCCGAGGUUCUACGUUUUGGUUUCUCCUUCCGGUUGCGUGACGUAUCUGCAUUGAGUUAUGGCCGGAUUGUGGCUUGGAUUUGAGGGCGGAGCUGCAAGGAAUUGAAGUGGAAAUGCUGCUUGGCCAUGCGCAUAGACUCAUCGUUUUGUGUCGGAAAUGCGGCAUGUGAAGGGUGUUAAUCUUGGCCUGGGAAUCCUCCUGUUCGAGCAAGGAGCCUGAGAUAGUAUUGGAUAUGCGCGAAAUUUUACAAUGAUUGAGUUGAAGCUAAGCUUGCAACGCGUUGGGGUCAGGCCCUGUGAAGGCCCGUUUGCUGUGCUUUGGUUGUUAGUCGAGGUGUGAAAAGCAUGAGGUGUGGGAGGUUACAGGGAUAUGCUCUACUGAGGUCACUGUAUUUCCUGAUUGUGGCACGUCGGUCUACACUGAAUUGGCACAUGGAAGUCAACGCUGUAUUCUCCUGAAGCCCAAGUCGUUUUAACUUAUUGCCAAUCCCCUAGACUGAAGCGGUGAAAACAGCGUUACAUAUGAGCUGUUAGGAGCCGGUAAGCUGCCGUUUUGAAGCACCUUACGGAAAGCACUCGGAGAGAUCUUCUGGUGUUUUUAUGGACUGGCGAUGCCGGAACGCUCGUAGUGCAGCUUUUGGAACUCGUGCAAGCCAUAUUUUUCUUACUGCGUCGUAUGUCAGAGUUUUGAAACUCGUCACGAGGAGUUGGUACGGUGAUGUCUUGACAGUUCUAAGGUUUCCCGUACACACACUACGUAGGCUCGCCUUGACUUUCACAGGUCCCUGCGGGGUUCUCUAGAGAUUUUUCUGAUGCAUGUCAUCAGGUGCUCGCGAAGCUGGUCUUGUUGGCAUCGACUGACUAGUUCCUUUGGGCAAGGAGAGUACACGGUUUAAUUGAGGGGAGGGAGGUUUAUUGAAUUAUGUCAAACCAAAGUUAGACUGAUUUUCCUGCAAAUAUUUAUUGUUUCAAGGACUCCACGAUUUGGAAUCAAAAGGAACAUUGGUCGCUAGCUGUGGUUGGUGCUGUGGCAAUGCAUAUAGACUUCAAGAUCAGCACUUGUUGUGAUUGCAAUGAUGUUUUCACCCCAACAAGUCGGAGUGUGAGACCAGUACUAGUUAACGCUGUUUCCUUUUUUUGCCUGUUUUAUGCUUGAAUAGCUUAUUCUUCAAUACCUGCAAGGAUAUCUUUCAAGUUGGAUAAAUGUCAGUUGCGGUACGAAACAAAUUUGGAACACCUACUGAACAUAGGUAGCAACCUGGUCGGAGUUCCGUACUGCUCGCUCUAGCAAGCAAUGCCCAGUUCCGUCCACUGUGCCACAUCCUAAUUAGGAAAGAGAGAAGGUGUAGCGAUGUCUGCAAUAGGGGCAGUGAAGAGGGAAGAAGAAGUGGAAGAAGUGUAUGAGCUUAGUUCAAGCAGUACCAACAGCGAUGACCCCAGAGAGGCAAAAGAACUGGGCAAAAGAAGCAGUCCCAUUGAAAGCCCUUGGGGCGAGGGUUUUUUUCUGCAGAAGAAGCAGAAGCUGGAGCCCUCAGAUGAUCUCCGACUGAACGAAUGGAGGUAUGAGGAUUUGAAGAACCAGUCGCAGGGGGAUUUGAACAUUGGUCAUGAAACCAAGAGCAUAUCUUCUCCGGUUGCGCUACCUUUUUUUCCUCAACCUCCGCUCAAUGAGUCCGCGAGCACUCGAGCUAGCUGCAAGCAGUUUUGGAAAGCUGGUGACUACGAAGGUCAGCCUGCUAUUGUCAUGCAACAAGCAGGUGCAAUUGACCACGUUAGGGUUCAUCCGAAGUUUCUUCACUCCAAUGCAACUAGCCACAGAUGGGCUCUUGGUGCUGUUGCUGAACUAGUGGACAACGCUGUGGAUGAGGUUGUUAAUGGCGCUACAUUUGUGAGCGUAGAUGUGUCAUUGCACCCCAGAAAUCGUUCCUCUAUGCUUGUCAUUGAAGAUGAUGGUGGUGGGAUGACUCCCGAUCGAAUGCGUCAGUGCAUGUCCCUCGGUUAUUCUGCAAAGAGCAAAAGUGCCAACACUAUCGGUCAAUAUGGAAACGGUUUCAAGACAAGUACCAUGCGGCUUGGUGCUGAUGUGAUUGUGUUUUCACGAUCUCGUGCUUCCAAUGGGCAUAGAGCUACACAGAGUAUCGGUUUGUUGUCGUUCACCUUCUUACGACAAACUGGACAUGAUGAUAUAGUUGUUCCAAUGAUUGAUUAUGAAAUUGGAGAUGGGGAGGUGUGGAAGAUGAUGAAGACAACUUUGAACGACUGGACUCACAAUCUAGAAACAAUUCAGUCCUGGUCUCCUUAUUCAAGUGAGGAAGAACUGUUUGACCAGUUUGCAGGUAUGAAGGACCAUGGGACAAAGAUUGUUCUGUACAAUCUGUGGGAGGACGAUCAAGGCCAACUCGAACUAGACUUUGACACAGAUCCCUAUGAUAUUCAAAUUAGAGGAGCGAAUCGUGACGAGAAAAAAAUACAAAUGGCUCAGCGGUUUCCCAACUCUAGUCAUUACCUUACCUACCGUCACUCAUUGCGAAGUUAUGUCUCCAUCUUGUACUUGAGGAUGCCACCUGGCUUCAGAAUUAUGCUCCGAGGACAAGAAGUUCAGCACCGUAAUCUUGUAGAUGACCUGAUGUUUACCCAAGAACUCACUUACAGGCCACAGAGUGGAGCUGAUCAUGUAACCAAAGAAACUGAUAUGAUGGCAGUGGUUACCAUUGGGUUUGUGAAAGAUGCUAAAGACCAUGUAAACAUUCAGGGUUUUAACGUUUACCACAAAAACCGCCUAAUUAAGCCGUUGUGGAAAAUUUGGAAUUGUACUGGCAGUGAUGGGCGGGGUAUUAUAGGAGUCUUAGAAGCCAACUUUGUGGAACCUGCUCAUGACAAGCAAGGAUUUGAGCGCACUACCGUCCUGUCACGAUUAGAGUCUCGCCUGUUGCAGAUGCAGAAGAAUUAUUGGGCAAAUAAUUGCCAUAAGGUGGGCUAUGUGAGCAAAAAGAUUAAGAGGAGCUUACCACCUGCCCUUGUGCCUGGAGAGGCCGCUAUGAACAAGGGUCAAGGUUCAACAAUGUCAUCUCCAAUUUCGGACCCUCACGCAGAAUUACGCCUCUCUUUGCCUUCCAACUCAAUGAGUGAAGGACGGAGAACUGGAGGGGUUUUGCGAACGUAUGGAGAGGGAACGUCAGGAAGACUAAGGCUUGAAAUCGAACCAGCUUCUGCGAUAUCUAGAAGUGGAUCUCUCAACAACGGCACCUGUAUGGUUAAGAAUAAUGAGCCUGGUCCUAAGGAGACUGUCCCUAGCCGGAAGUCAUUGGAGGAUCUUGGAAGGAUGUUUGUUAGAAGGGCUGCUGCUGCAGAUGUUGCUCCUCCUCCACAAGUGCAGCAGCGGCCAGUAACCUCGAAUGGCCAUAGGCCAUUGGUGGAAUUGGAGAUAUUGAAGCAACUAAAAGAUGAAAAUGAGCAAAUCCGAGAAAGGUGCCGGAGGCUGGAGGAGGCAAGUGAACAGAGUCUGAUGUUUGAAAUUGAACGAAAUCGUAAAUUAGAGGCUCAGCUUCUAGACUUGGAACAACAACAGGCAGUUUAUAGGCGCAAUCUAGAGAAAAUCAUUCGAGAACGGGAUAGUCUGCAUAUUGCAUUGGAAGAAGAGCGGAGGCUUCGAGAAAGUGACGAUGAAGAGAUGAGAAGAAAACUCAAGGUCGCACUACUCCAUGUGCGAGAGCUAGAAUCCGAGAACCACCGCUUGCGUUUCUCUAGGUGUUGAGUCCAUGUUCUGUGUGGGUUUGAGGUUUUUGUACAGUUACUUCAGGAUCUAGUGCCUCGCAUCACCACAUUGGUACACCCAUAGCUAACAACCGGUCUAUUCAGCAUAUUCAUCGUGGUAUUUAUAUUCCACGGCUGAAUGAGGUUUAGACACAACUCCUACCUCCCUCUCUUGCAGUUCUAGACACCGUUCGCAGAAAUGAGCGUCUGGUCGAGACCAGUGGAAAUUUGGUUCUGUUCGAACCUAGCUUGAACAUUCUUAAAUGAGGUUUACAACUCCGAUGUACGAGAUGAUUAACUAGAGAAGCUGCUGUUAGAAUUUUGGUCGAAUCUUAGGCUAGUCAUUAUCACAUUUCUCUAGAGUGCAUUUCCUCUUUGGAAAGAGUUCAUUCAAUGUACAAUCCACAAAUACUCCUCUCAUAAGUCGGUAUUUGAUCAUGCUACACUAGAUAAAAGAUGGAUUCUAGCAA